UCUCAAAUUUAAUUUACCGCAGCUGCUUAAAGAAGCUGUUGGUGUUUGCAGGGGAGCCCAGCACUGUUUGUCUCUUAGUCCUACAACGUGCAUUAUCACUAAACUUGCGAACAGGUACCCAAGUCCUGAAGUGCAUUGAAGGCUUGCAUAACAAGGCUUUUAUUCUCACUAUGGACAAUGGUGCACAAGUCUUCGCGAAACUUCCGAACCCAAAUGCCGGGCCAGCUUAUUACACGACGGCGUCCGAAAUCGCUACCCGGCAAAUGCUUAGAGACGUCUUCGAUAUUCCUGUCCCUCGCGUGCUUGCGUGGUCUUGUGAUGCUGUGAAUAACUCGGUUCAGGCCGAGUACAUUCUUGAAGAGAAGGUUUCCGGCGUUCGGUUAGGCGCGGUAUGGUACAAAUUGCCCUGGGCAACAAAGCUGGCUAUUGUCGAUCAGGUGGCCCAAAUUGAUGCCUCUUUGAAUGCCGUGAAAUUCAAGAAACAUGGUUGCAUAUAUUUCAAAGACGACCUCCAACGCUUGACCGGAAAAUCAGAGGCCAUGCAACUCAACUUAGGCCAGCAAGAUUCGACUCUUGAGCGAUAUGCAAUGGGACCUUUAGUUAAGGCAGAGCUUUGGAGCAGUGCUCGUGAGCAAUUGGCUAUUGAUCGAGGCCCAUGGGAUAGCCCAAAAGCGUAUGCGCAAGCAUUAGGCGCCAAUGAAGUGUCAUGGAUCAGAAAUAAUGCCAAAUUUCGAAUGAACUACUAUCGGUCGCCAAAAGAUCCUGAGCUACCUGAAGACGCCAUUCACUUACUCGCCAAGUAUGAACAAGUCGCGCCACUGUUGACUCCAGCAUCAAACGACGAGUCAUCUGCCACAAAACUUCUCUGGCAUCCCGAUCUCCAUCUCGACAAUGUAUUUGUGGAUCCAGUUUCACAUAAAAUCACUAGUAUCGUGGACUGGCAAUCGGCAGUUGUGGCACCGCUGUUUUAUCAGUCCGGUGUCCAUCGAGCGUUCCGAUAUUACAAGACUGUCCAAGAGGGCUGGGUCAUGCCCGAGAAGCCCGAAAAUUUCGAUACCCUGCGCCCUGAAGAGCAAAAACAAAUCGACCGCAAUCUGGAGAGCGAAACGAUACACAAAUACUACGAACUUCAAACUAUGAAACGUGCACCGCUUCACUGGGAUGUUCUCCAGCGAUCAUCAGUGCCUAUGCUUAGAAAGCCUGUCUGGCUUGUGACCGGCGUAUGGGAGAACCGGGAUCUGUUCUUCUUGCGUGACUCGCUCAUUGCUCUCGUUGCCCGAUGGAAUGACAUCUUUGGGGAAGAUACACCAUGCCCCAUAAAAUUCUCAAAAGAAGAACUUGAGUUGCAUGCGAAGGAGGAAGAGAACAUGGAUGGUGUUGGUAAAAUGCUGUCACUAUUCCAAGACCAAGGUGUUCUACCAGCAGAUGGUAUGGUGCAACCUGAGGAGUACCAGACUGCUAUUGAAAACUGCCACAGGUACAGAGAAGUCUUCCUGAACGCGGCUCAGAAUGAGAGUGAGAGAGAUCUGUACUCCAAACUCUGGCCGUACCAAGGGCAUUCUGAGUAAAUACAUUAAUUAUUCGUCCCCUCUUCUCUCUCUCCCAACGAAAACGUA